UAUACGACGAAAUAACUGUUUGCAGCUGACAGGAACUUCUUUAUAUCGUGAAGUGUUGGUGUCACUGCGUUGUGGGUAGUAUUUAUUGUGGAAACGUGAGACAGCAACAUAAAAAUGACGCAUACGAACUUUGAGAUGGAAGUAGAUGACAGACCAAGUAAAGGUGAAGGCUUUCGUCAGUAUUAUAUAACAAAAAUAGAGGAAUUACAAUUAGUAGUCGCAGAAAAAAGUCAGAACUUGAGGCGACUCCAGGCCCAGCGUAAUGAGCUUAAUGCCAAAGUCCGAAUGUUGCGUGAAGAACUUCAGCUGUUGCAAGAGCAAGGAUCUUAUGUAGGUGAGGUUGUAAAGCCUAUGGAUAAAAAGAAAGUCUUGGUGAAAGUGCACCCUGAAGGAAAAUUUGUUGUAGACUUGGAUAAAAACAUAGACAUAAAUGAUGUAACCGCAAAUUCUCGGGUAGCUCUUCGAAAUGAAAGCUACACCUUACACAAAAUACUUCCUAAUAAGGUUGACCCAUUAGUCUCCCUCAUGAUGGUUGAAAAGGUACCUGACAGCACAUAUGAAAUGGUUGGUGGCCUAGAUAAACAGAUCAAAGAAAUAAAGGAGGUUAUUGAAUUGCCAGUGAAACACCCAGAGUUAUUUGAUGCAUUAGGCAUUGCACAACCAAAAGGUGUUCUACUUUAUGGACCUCCAGGAACAGGGAAAACGUUGCUUGCCCGUGCUGUAGCACACCACACAGAAUGUACAUUCAUCCGUGUUUCUGGUUCAGAGUUAGUUCAGAAAUUUAUUGGAGAAGGUUCUCGUAUGGUCCGUGAAUUGUUUGUAAUGGCAAGGGAGCAUGCACCAUCCAUUAUUUUCAUGGAUGAAAUUGAUUCAAUUGGUUCCUCACGAAUAGAAUCGGGAAGUGGUGGUGACUCGGAAGUGCAGAGAACGAUGUUGGAAUUGUUAAAUCAGUUAGAUGGAUUUGAAGCUACAAAAAAUAUCAAGGUCAUAAUGGCUACAAAUAGAAUUGAUAUUCUUGAUCCUGCUCUCCUGCGUCCUGGACGUAUUGACCGAAAGAUUGAAUUCCCUCCACCAAAUGAGGAGGCACGCCUGGACAUAUUAAAAAUUCAUUCAAGAAAAAUGAAUCUCACUAGAGGUAUUUAUCUACGGAAAAUUGCAGAGCUGAUGCCUGGUGCUUCAGGAGCAGAAGUUAAGGGUGUCUGUACAGAGGCAGGGAUGUACGCUUUGAGGGAACGAAGAGUACAUGUGACACAAGAAGAUUUCGAAAUGGCUGUGGCCAAAGUCAUGCAGAAGGACUCUGAGAAGAACAUGUCAAUUAAGAAAUUGUGGAAAUAAAAUAUUUUUACUUUGGAAAAAAGUCCUAAAAAUAUACAGCUGCAUGUACAUAA